AUGGCCUUUGCCACGAUAAACUCGUCCGCGAUACCUCCCGCAACCCCGAGCAGUAUUCCCACCAUUGAGCAUGCCUUUGCAUCCGAGCCCUCUCUGAGGAAACGAGUCUACGACGCGAUCGGCGCCACUCCCCAGUAUAUACCACUCUUCGAAGACAUCGCGCGAUACACGUCCAGCCUGCUGGCCAGGAAUGCGACUUCCACCGCUCCACCGGCCGAGGCGUCCGCAGACGGGCCCGCGGCGAAGAAGCGCAAGAUCCAGAAUGGCGACGUGAGCGGCACGCCGCAGUCGCUGGGCGAUUUGAAAGCGGACGCGGAGUUGCAGUUCCACAUGCGAGACGUCUCUUUUGCGAUGCCGCAGCGGAAGAAGCUCACGCUCGAGGUCACGGCCGGGGGCGGAUUCCUGCGCGCGCGGAACCAGACGUCGAAGGAGGUGGAGUUUGGCGUGCCGGUGGAGAAGAUUCAGCAUGUGUUGUGUCUUCCUGUGCCGGAGAAAAACCAGCGGCAGUUCAACUUCUGCGUGAUUCCCCAGAACGGCGACGGGAUUAACACGCCGGCGGGCGGCGAGGCAGCACCCGAGUCGAUCGUGUGGACGGUCGCGGACGGACCGCCCAAGUCGGAGUUCUCGAUUAAUGGCCAGGCGGUUGCCGGCGGCGCCGGCGGCGAGUCUGCAGAGAAGGUGGUGCUGCGGGUGUUGAACGAUGCCCUGACGCAGACCAAGGUUAUACGGCCGGACGAUCGGGAGUUUGUGAGUGCCAUGCCGGAGGCGCAUCGGAAGGGCGAGAAGGCCUACCACGUCAAGGCCUUCCGCGGCAGUAAGGAAGGAUAUCUGUUCUUCCUGUCUACGGGGAUCCUGUUUGGCUUCAAGAAGCCGCUCAUCUUCUUUGCGUUUGAGAAUAUCGACUCCGUCUCCUACACCUCUGUGCUGCAACGGACCUUCAACCUGAACAUCAUGGCGCGUGCCACCGCCGGGGGGGAGCCGCAGGAAUUCGAGCUCUCCAUGAUCGACCAGGCCGAUUUCAGCGGCAUUGAUGCCUAUAUCAAGACGCACGGCCUGCAGGAUGCCAGUCUGGCCGAGGAACGGCGCGCCAAGCGGUAUAACAUCAACGGGAAGACCGAGGAGGCCGCCGCUGCCGCCAACGGCGAUGAGACUGCUGAAGAAGAGAGCGAGCUGCAAAAGGCGCAGCGGGAGCUCGAGGACCAGGAAGACGAGGAAGAGGAAGACUACGAUCCCGGCAGCGACGGCGACAGCGACGGCAGCGGCUCCAGCAGCGACGACGACGACGAUGACGAUGACGAACAUCAAGACGACGAAGACGAUAUGGAUGAGGACGAGGACGGCGAGCAGGACCUCGUUGCUGCAGAACUCGGCAGCCAGGCGGCCGAUAUCCCGGAGGACCAGGUGUGA